UCAAGAAUACCAGUCGCACCUUUAUUCGGACCUAAAAUUCCACCCUCUCCGCGAGCUCUCACGCGUUCCUGGGCUCCUCCCACCUCGUCCUCAUCUCUUGCCGUCGUCUUCGUCCUCCCCUCUACCGGGGGUGCGCAUGAGCUAGUGUGCACUGGAGAUCGAUCCAUCUGCUGGACCUGGAUUGAUUUUUUUUUCUUUCCCUGAGACAUCGGAGGAUGUCGACUCCGGCGAGGAAGCGGUUGAUGAGGGAUUUCAAACGGUUGAUGCAGGAUCCUCCGGCCGGCAUAAGUGGCGCCCCGCAGGAUAACAACAUACUGCUAUGGAAUGCUGUGAUCUUUGGCCCAGACGAUACUCCAUGGGAUGGAGGUACGUUCAAGCUGACUCUCCAGUUUACUGAAGAAUAUCCAAACAAGCCACCAACUGUGCGGUUUGUUUCUCGGAUGUUUCAUCCUAACAUUUAUGCUGAUGGGAGCAUAUGCUUAGAUAUCCUGCAGAAUCAGUGGAGCCCAAUAUAUGAUGUAGCUGCUAUACUUACAUCCAUCCAGUCGUUGCUGUGUGAUCCAAACCCGAAUUCGCCUGCAAACUCUGAAGCUGCCCGCAUGUUCAGCGAGAACAAGCGUGAGUACAACCGCAAAGUGCGGGAGGUUGUGGAGCAGAGCUGGACGGCAGACUGAUGCAUUGCAUUGCGCAGCUUGUCGCCUCUUCCUUGUGUCCUUCCCAUACCAAAAUGCCUGUUCUCUCUAUCUUUGCUGGGCCAGUGGAGAUUGUGCUGUCGUGACUUUUACCCUAUGCUGGAUCUUGAAUUCAAACUGAAUUAAUCUAGCAUUAUGCUGAAAUUUCACGUGAACUUUUAUCUUCUGUGUAUAUGGAGGAAGGAACCUAAGAAACCUUUGUGAUUUUC